GCUACCGCGUUCCUCACACAUCACGCUUGUUUCCUGGUCGUUGCUAACAACCUGCUGCCUGCAACUUCGUCCGUCCACCGUCCACUCAUGCAUUGACGGUUUCCAGCUGUGGUGUUUCUGAGAUGUGUGUGAGGAUGAAGCCGUGUCUACUCUGAGUGCAGUGUGACCCUCAGCUCCGUGCUGGCUGCAUGGUGCUCCUCCGUGUCUCUCUGCCUGCUGCUUUCUGACGCUUGGGGUUGCAGUCUGGCCUCCAGCCGCGGCUGCGAAUUAACUUCAUUUCUCAGCGUCGCCUUGCUCUGAAAUCAUGUUUAUUUUAUAAAGAUGACGGCGAGGGGGACACUGUAAACUAAAUGACUGUCAGAAACAUCGCCUCCAUUUGUAAUAUGGGCACCAAUGCCUCUGCUCUGGAGAAAGACAUCGGCCCGGAGCAGUUUCCAAUCAAUGAACACUAUUUUGGAUUGGUCAAUUUUGGAAACACAUGUUACUGUAACUCAGUGCUUCAGGCUCUCUACUUCUGCCGACCGUUCCGGGAGAAUGUGCUGGCCUACAAAGCCCAGCAGAAGAAGAAGGAGAACCUGCUCACAUGCCUGGCUGACCUCUUCCACUCCAUCGCCACACAGAAGAAGAAAGUCGGCGUCAUCCCACCCAAGAAGUUCAUCUCCCGCCUACGGAAAGAGAACGAUCUUUUCGACAACUACAUGCAACAGGAUGCCCACGAAUUCCUCAACUACCUGCUGAACACGGUGGCCGACAUCUUGCAAGAGGAGAAGAAGCAGGAAAAGCAGAACGGGCGACUGAAAAACAACGGGACCGCCAUCACCAAUGAGACCGAGACGGAGAACAAGCAGACGGAGCCCACAUGGGUUCACGACAUCUUCCAGGGCACACUGACCAACGAGACACGCUGCCUCAACUGUGAGACGGUGAGCAGUAAAGAUGAGGAUUUUCUGGAUCUUUCUGUGGAUGUGGAGCAGAACACAUCAAUAACGCACUGUCUCAGGGACUUCAGCAACACAGAGACUUUGUGCAGCGAAUACAAAUACUACUGUGAGACGUGCUGCAGUAAGCAGGAAGCACAGAAGCGGAUGCGCGUGAAGAAGCUCCCUAUGAUCCUGGCACUACACCUGAAGAGGUUUAAGUACAUGGAGCAGCUGCACCGCUACACCAAGCUGUCCUACCGGGUGGUGUUCCCCCUCGAGCUGCGUCUGUUCAACACGUCCGGGGACGCAGUUAACCUGGAUCGCAUGUACGAUCUGGUGGCUGUGGUGGUUCACUGUGGCAGCGGCCCGAACCGAGGUCAUUACAUCACCAUAGUGAAGAGUCACGGCUUCUGGCUGCUGUUUGAUGAUGACAUUGUGGAGAAAAUUGACGCCCAGGCCAUCGAGGAGUUUUAUGGGCUUACCUCAGACAUCUCCAAGAACUCUGAGUCAGGAUACAUCCUCUUCUACCAGUCCAGAGAGUGACUGGAGCUGGAUCAGUGACACAGGAGGAGAAGACUAAAUCGUUUUUUUUACCUUUAGCCUAACAGACCCAGACUCCUGCCACCUCCAUCCCAUCCUGCUCCCAUUCUCUCUGAUAUACGUGCCAAUCCUCUGUCCAGACCCCAACCUCUGGGUUUUACCUGUGUUUCAUCUCUCUGUCUCUCCCUCUCUCUCUCUCCGUGUAAUUUGCUUCUUGCCUUUUAGUCACCUGCAUCUGGACUGCACUUUAAAACGAAAGCAAAAAUGCUCAACAGCAUGACAGAAACAAAAAGGAGUUCACAUCGAGCCCCAUGCUCUCAGUGUAGACUGGUGAGAGAAGCCUGUAGAGGCGACUCCACCAGGAGCACAAUGGGGUGAAGGUCUGGUGCACAUACAGACUGUUGUCUGAAAUUGUACUAUAUCAUUUAUAUGUAUAUAUGGUCUUCUUCCACCUCCUGUCAACUCCUUUCAUUAGGGCUAUUUCCCCCAUCACUGUCCAGUCCUCUGAUAUGUUCAUGUCCCUGGUGGAUGCAUGAGAAGUGAAUGAAGUUGGAGACAAACACUGUAUAAUAAGCAUAGAGAGAUUUCAUGCAUUUUUAAUGCUUUUGAAGCAAUAUCGGAGCAUUAAUUCUCAAGCUGAAAACUACCUACACUUAACUGUAGUUGUUGCCAGUAUAGAGUUGUUUUUGGCCCAUAGAGAGCCACUGUGAGCUGCUGUCUGUCUGCUCCUGUCAGAUAUGAUCAACAACACUACACAUGAAAGGAAAUCCUGCUGUCAGAUGGAUCUCCAUUCAAAUCAGCAGAAUCUUUAUACAUUUUGGUUCUGAUCUAAAACUCCUAUUUAUUGUACUUAACAUAUUUAUUACUGUUAUUUGUAACGCAGACUGGUGGAUAAUGAAGGUGUGUGUGUGUGCGUGCGUGUGUGUGUAAUAUGGCUCUUUUCAGAGCGUUGUAUGUCUAAUCUCCUUGUGAAGGACAUGGUGUAUGUAAUACACAACUUAAUAGGAAAGGAAAUUAAUUUUCUAGCGUGCAUGUUAAAUAAAAAAUAUAAGACAUUAACAUGAUGCAAGUGAGACACGGCCCAGUACUGCUAAGUCUUUUGAUUCGACAUGAAAAAGUGUGGAUUUAUGAAUUUUAUGGAAGCCAUGAGAGGCAAAGUGAAGAAGUAGUGUGCUAAAUUGUUUUCCAAGUUGCUUUUUGUUUAUUUUCAUUUGUGAAAACUGGUGAAAUAAAGUUAAGUGGAUUGCAGUAAAUCUGAAAGGCAAGCCAGGAACUUUUUGUGAAAGCAGUUAAAAAAAAAAAAUUAAAUCUUAAGGGUCAAAAUUGAACCGCCUAUGACGGCGCAUUAGGGCCAGGUAUGAAAAAAAUAAUAAUACGGAUCCGGGGGAGGGGGGUAAUAUUUAAAGAAAAAAACAUGCAUAUUUUUUUCUCGUAGAUUUGCCACUUUAAUCUCGUUAAUUUGUGAGUUGUAUGCCGUCGUACCCGCCACUAUGUUGAACAGGAGAACAAAGUAUUCCUAAAUUAUCUUUUUUUCAAUUUUAAAGUUGAAAGGUUAUGUACUGUUGUUUUUUAUACACCUUUGAUUGGGAAAUAUAAAUCAUAAAAUGGGUGAAGACUAGUAUUUUGUAGCCAAUUUAUAACUAUAAUGCCAAAGAAGUUUAAGUUUGUCAUUUUUUCACUUCAGUUUUUCUGAACUGUUACGAUGGAAAACCCUAAUAUUCACAAAGUUAUUGAUGCAUGAGCAGAUGUUUCUUCAUGAAAAAUAAGAUUUGAGGUUUGAACUUAAAUGUAACUGCUUAAUUAAAGAGAUUUAAUACAAUGGGUUAUUCUUUACCCUUAGGACAAGGCGAGUAUAAAGAAUGUUAAGACUACAAGGGUUUAAAAAAUCGCCUUUCAGGGCUUCUGUCAUUUUGUGAAGUGAUGUUGUUGUAAUACUCAUAAUGGUAACAAAAGGCUGAAGUACACCAUUAACCCAUGUUCUUAACAGGGCUAAAAGCAUUCAUGUUUUCUUCUAGGUGACUUAAUUUCUCCAUGCACUCUAAAUACAAUGCUGGCUAACACACACUACAUUUACUUUCUGUUGGCUCUAUAUAGAACAUGGGGUAUUGGUGCACUUCAGCCUCUUUUGGCCAAAAUUAGUGUUUCAACACAAAUACUUAGAAAAACUAUCCUGACAAAAACAAUUGCCUGCCAAAACAUUUUUUCACCUCUUUUAACAGAUGGAAAAAGUAACUUGGAAAAUAUUCUUUCAACACUUCCAAAGAUUUUUUUUAAAGAACUUCAACUUAAAAAUUCAGCUGCAUCUCAAUAAAUUAGAAUAUCGUAGAAAAGUUUAUUUAUGCCAGUAAUUCAAUUCAAAAGUGGAAAUAACACAUUAUAUAGAUCCAUUACACACAGAAUGAAACAUUUCAUGGCUUUAUUUAUUUAAUUUCUUCAAAUAAUAUUGAUUGUGGCUCACAUUUAAUGAAGACCUAAAAUUCAGUGUCUCAAAAAAAAUAAUAAUAUUACAAAAGUAUUUUAAAAGUAUGUUUAAUAUGGAAAUGUUGGCCUCUGAAAAGUAUGUCCAUCUACAUGCACUCAAUACUUGAUUGGGGCUAUUUGACUUGAACUACUGGAAAUUGACUUUUCCAUGAUAUUCUAAUUUAUUGAGAUGCACCUGUAUUAUUGUCAUAACCACAGAAGAGAAAGCAAUUUAGAUCAGGCUUGGAAAAAUAAUCACCCAAUUUUCUUUCUCAGAUGCCUUUAGGGCUUCUGUAGAAACAGUGCAAUAAGAAGUAAAGUUAUCCAAUGUGGCAGUUCCCAGUGAGACUGAUAUAAAGUACCUUUAAAUGUAAGUAGUAGAUGUUAUUUUUCUCCCAGUGCUGUUUGUUUGUUUGUGUGCUUGUGAUAUCAAAGUAAAUGCCCCCUUUUCAACACGUGCACACUCCCUGCUGGGAUGUUCGCUGCAGCGUUCUUUUAUCCAUUUUUUUUUUCUUCCCAAUGUUGAACUACAGCGUUUCCUUUGGUUUGUCUCUGACUUUGAUGACGUAAUUGUGUGUCACAUGUAGCACAUCUGAAUCCUAAAUCCCAUAGAAGUCAAGCUUCAAUGUUGGUUCAUAUCCAUCGUACUGUAGAUGUUUUUCUCUUUGGCCCGCUCCCCAGGGGUCUGUGGCCAUGCCCUGUAGAAUAACAACUUGUUUUCAUGUGAACGACAUUCCUAUUUGCUGCACAUCAGCAGAAUUACCAUUUCAAAUGCAUCUCAUUAUAAACAAGAGGUAGAGAUAGGAUUAAUUUGCUAGUUUAGUGUCUGUGUCUAUUCAGGAGAGGCAGAAUUGAAAGUGAAAAUAGUGAAACUCUGGUUGUUUCUGCAGUCUCUUCCAUUUAGUCUGUUACCGGGUGAAGUCACGAGGAACACGUGCCAAACUGGAGUCGAUGCCGACCUUGCAACAGUCUUUAACAGAACAUUAUAUUCUUUGUAAAGAUACAACUGUACAUAUUAUGUAGAAAAACACUUCUGGAAAUAGGAAAAAUAUUUUUUUAAAGUGAAGAUCUUUAAAUGUAAAGACACUCAUGGCAAAGAUUUUAGCUUAACGCUGGCCAUUAAUGAAACCCUGUUAAGAAAUCCUGUGCUAUUUUACAAUCACUCAAUGACAUAAUCCAUCAGAUUUGUGCAGAAGUCAUCAGCUGUCAUGUUUUUUUUUUGGGUUGAACUGAGCCAGAAUAGGUAACAGUAGCAGGAAUAGUCUGACACAUUUUAGAACCGCGUGAGAGAACGCGCCGAUCUUCCAUUAACACUUAUGCACUCGCCCUCACUGAGAUGCUCAGUCAUUGCACUUGGUCUGAUAUAUCUUACUGUGAUAGUGAUCUACCUAGGAGAGCUCCGGUGCAGAGUGGUGCACCAGGUGGGAUCUGAUGGAGCUCGUAGGAGGGAAAGUGGAGAUGAAUCUCUGUUUGGCUGUAAACUGAAAGUGCACUUUAUUGGUGAUGAGCUUCAAUGCUUUAACAUGAAGAACCACAGUUUAACACACUCAUUUUUGAUUUAUUUUUCUUCUGUUUAAUAAAAUGACUCUCAACUAA